AUGACUUACAGCGCGCUUCGCAUCGCGCUUCUGUCUCUGCCGUGCCUCGCAGCGGCCUUUGAGCAGCAACAAGUUUUUGAUAUCACCGCAAAUCCACAAGCCCAACUCGAAAGGGCUGGUAUUCUGCGGCGAUUCAAGCCACAACGUUGGGAUGCACUCGAGGAAGUGAUAAAGACAGCUGAGACACACAACCUCGACAUCUGGCAAAUACACACUGGAAAUGAUCCCUACGUCGACGUAUUCACCCCUCAUUCGAUUCCCAACCUCCCAGUAACACUUUUAACCGUUCCACACACAACAACCAAUAUCACAUAUCCAACCCCGCCGUUUGCAAGAACACAGCAAGAGUGGGAUCUUUCGACACUUCAAAACACCACCUUUCAUAACGAAUAUCACUCGCAGUCAGAGGUUGACUUGUUUUUGCGCAAGCUUGUCGAACUUCAUCCACAAACCGUGUCACUGGUAGAGUUGGGGCACACGGCCGAGGGGAGAGAAAUGCUGGGACUCAAGAUCUCGAAGGUGGCGAACACGACCAUGGCCAAGUUGGGCUUCGUCGUGAUGGGUCCACAACAUGCACGGGAGUGGGUCGCAACCUCUACUGCGCUUCAUUUUGCCCAUUCCUUGCUAGUCAACAGCUCAGAAUCCGGCUCUCUCAGCUAUCUCCUUGAUACUUACGACUUUCACAUUAUCCCUUCUCCUAAUCCUGAUGGCUACGUUUAUACCUGGGAAUCGGAUCGUUUCUGGUACAAGAAUCGUCAGAUCGUUGGCCCAGGUGCAAAAUGUAUUGGGAUCGAUAUGAACAGAAACUGGGGCUUCAAAUGGAAGGCGCAUUCCGACAGCCCACUCUUUGACGCUAAGAAGAAGAAGAGAAAGGACAAGACCCCCGCUGACCCCUGCUCGCAUUGGUACCCGGGCCAUCGGGCAUUCGAAGCGGCCGAAGUCAAUAAUGUCGCCAAUUAUCUUACGAAGAUCAACGGGGCUGGGAAGGGUGCGGGUAAAGGCGGGGUUGUUGCCUUCGUUGACUUGAGGAGCUAUGGUCAGAUGCUGGCGGCCCCAUACUCCUAUAAAUGCAAUAAACUACCCAAAGAUGCAGAGGAUCAGAUGGAGGCACUUCAUGGAGCAGCGCAAGCCGGGAGAGCUGUCCAUGGAAUGGGCUUUAGCGCUGGGAGCCUGUGUGAAUUGCUUUAUACGGCUCCUGGAAAUAUCCUCGACUAUGUCUAUAGCACGGGAAGCAUCAAGUAUACCUAUGCCGCGUUUCUGAGAGACACUGGAACGUAUGGUUUCGCAUUGCCCGCAACGUGGAUUCGACCGGUGGGGGAAGAGACGGGCGAAAUUCUUGCUUAUCUCGCCAAAUUCAUAGCAAGGCAGCGGGGAAUCGAGGUUUAG